AUGACUGCCACGUUGGGCGUUCCGUUUGGCCCUCCAGCUCGACCAACAUUUGCCCGGUUGAGAACUGCCAAGGAGACCAAUGUCCCGGAAUUAACUGUGGCAAUGGAAUAUGUGCUGAAAAUGGAACGUGCAAAUGUAUGCCGUGUUGGACUGGAACCAAUUGCAACGUGUACAUUACUGAACAAGUAUGUGGCUGUUGAAGUUAAAAAUGAUGCCUUGGUUGGUACGAACGUGCAUUCGGUUCAAGCAAAGGAUGACGACAACAUGUACACCUGCCAAUCCAAGCAAUGCGACUGUUCGAAGAUCAUCUAUAAAAUUGAAGAUGGCAAUGAAGAUGAUUUGUUUGAUAUCGAUGCUGACACCGGUAAUAUAAUGUUGAAAAAAUCUUUGGCGCAUUUGGUUAACGGAAAAGUCUACGAUUUGAAAAUAUCAGUUGCCAAUUUGAAUCCUUUGAACAGCGAUGGCAAUAUUACCAUGGCUAAUCCAAAAGAUCUAGGAUUUGUUCAAAUAACCAUCGCCAACGGAGUAAAGAAAAAUGAUUACAAUUACGAUCUAAGUGAAGCUGUCUUGAAUAGACAAAAAAGGCAAGUUAGUGUGCCUGCUACUGUCGAUAACAUAACAUUCACUCUGUCAAAAACUGGCGCCUAUAACAACACAACGACCAUGUUUGUGGGCAGCAAAGUUCACUUCCAGCUGGUGAUCCAAAUACCACCCAGCCAAAGUAUAGAUCUUUCUGUUGAGCUGUUUUCCCCAGAAAAUGGAACAACAAUCAUGGUUCUGUGCAACCCGGUUAUUACGGCCAGCGGAUCAAACCUUCAGUAUAAUAAAACCGCCGCUGCACCCGUUCAAGACGCUAACGAUGGAUCAAUUAAUUAUGACCGGGCUGUCUUUAGCUUUGGUACGGUGGUCAACAACGCAGUGGCAACAGGACUGGCGAGUGUCAUUGUAAUAGAAUGGGAUGUCGUAAUGAUCGAUAGUCCAAGCACCGUCAAUGGCUCGUAUUAUUGGAACGUAAGUGACUCGACGCCUCAAUUCAACAUGUCAGGACCAUCGGAAAUCCCGACAGGAUCAUCAGCUAUCUUCCACGUCGACGCAUACAUUCCCUAUCCGUCGAUUGAAAUGAACUUCGAUGCAUUUGCUCCGUUCAACUACACUGACGCAGCUUCAGUCUGCAGUGUGCUAAUAGUGGGAGUUGGUGUUAAUUAUGAAUGUUACCAGUACAAAAACAGGCCCGUGACUUUGUACCCCAGUGACACAGGAAUCACUAACGACAGAGGAACACUUGCAUUAGGCAGCGUUACUAAUAAAGGGUCAAGAGAGCCAAAUAAUAACUACACCGAUAAUCGAAUUUCUUUGGAAUUCGUCAUUUCAAUCCCUUACAAUGAGUCCUACAUAGACAAUAUUUUGUGGGUUGGCUGCACGUUAGAAUUGGGUCAGAACCAAAUUUGGGCUAGUCAAAUGUCGUUCAAAUUGGCAAGUUCACCCACUACAGUUUUAUAUCCCAACGAUACUACACUAUCAACAUAUUUGUUUUACCCAAAAAAUUUAGUUCUCAACAUAACGAUAGCUCCUGGAACUGCAGCAAAUUACAGCGUUGAAAUUAAAACAGAUGGCGUAAAAUACAAAAUUUGUUCAGUUUUUUAUAAAGCAAGAGGUGCUAAUAUUCCGUGUUUUAAUCCUGGUGAUCCUGUCUACUCGUCUGAUCCAAGCGACCUUGAAAUCAAUAAAGCCACUUGGUUGCUGGGUACUUUAGAGAAUAAAAAUCAAAUUCAAGAUUUCGAUGCCAAUAUAUUUCAAUUGUAUAUUUACCUCCAACCUCUGGAUCACAGUGGAUUAGUUCUGCAGGAGACCUCUACAGUGACAGCAACAGUUACUGUAAAUUCAUUCACCAGCACUUCCAGCCAAACUUUAACGUUAACAAACACUACAGCAAUCGGAAAUGCUGUUAACUAUACCUCUCCAAAAGCCAACUUGACCAUCGCCUUUGGACAAUCAUCUGUCACUGUCAACCAAAUUCUCGACAUAAGACUCAAUGUUUCAUUUUACCCCAAAGUUAUUAAUUUACCUUUCACAAUCAACUUAACUGCCCCAACGGUGUCUGGAGUUAGCCAGUUCUCCAUCGUAAGGGCUGAGUUGAUGUCCGUUGGGAAAAAUCUACCUUGCGCUGAUAGGAUAAAACUGAAUAACAGCAUCACUUAUCUGACUCAGCCUUCUGAAUCGUUGAGUUAUCAAGCCACUUUAACGGUUGGCAGUGUUUGUAACGUUCGACCAACGGCAUCAACUACAUUAACAGCUGACGACAGUCUUGAAAUUAGAGCUGUAAUUUUAAUCAACAAUCUUUCUUCUCUUCUAACUUCUGGCACGUUCAUAACCUCAUUCGUUUAUUCGUCUGAUCCUAUCAAAAACAAUUCCGUUGUUUUGAGCGUUGGUGCAGCCACUUACACAAACUAUCCCGUGAACUCCACUCCGGUAGUGAUAUUUGACUACAACAGCAUGAAUGGUUUGGCUAUUCCAGCUGGCUAUCAAUUGACAUCUGAAAUUUUAAUUAAAACUCCUCCGUGGAGUGCUGCUGAUUGGGUGAUCCGUGCCGAUGUAUCCCAUGAUCCUGAAUUGAGUCUUUGUGCUAUUAUAGUGAAAGAAUAUGGAUACGAUAUACCAUACAUUAAUACUUCAAAACCUUCCAACACUACCAAGGGUAGCAGUUCGUUGGUCAAUAAAGAAGCAUGGUUGGAGUUGAAUAAAGUGACAAAUCUUGGAACAAAAAGUUUGAAUAAUACGCCCAUUUUUGACGAUGGUUCAUUUGUAGUUCAAGUUGUAGUUCAGAUAUCUAAAGCAGCUACGGUUUCAGUAAACCUGAAAUAUGUGAACGUAUCGGUGGAUUAUGGUGUGAAUGGUAUAGAUAGAUCUAGUUACAUAAACUUCACCGUCAUUGCUCCUGGAAGUAUAACUUACAACUCCGCUGCUGCCCUACCCAACGUUACAUUCUUCCAAUCUCCUGUUAACGAAAACUCAACAACUGUACCCAGUACGAACUGCUAUCAAGGACAGGUUUUAAUUUUAACGACCGAACUGAGCUACCCGAUUUUUAACGGGGGCCACACUCUAUCUACAAAAAUAAGUGGUCCUUCAGACUCGACCAUCAACAUUGUGGACUAUAGUGUUGUCUUCAUUGGGACAAAUUUCCCCUGCUUAUCAAAACAAAUGUAUACAAAAUCCUUCACUGCAACUGCAAAUAAUUUAUAUAAUUAUACUGGGAACAUUGAUCUUGGAAUGAUUUGUACUUUCCCGAUAUUUAGAACAGGAUCUAAUAACAAAAUUAGAAUUGAAGCCAUUGUUACCGUGAAUAGAAAAAAUCCUUUGACAGCCGGCAGCACCCUCGCUUUCAGCAGCGUUGUAACAAUAAAUGGUUCAGAUACUACUUACCCACUGACUCUCACUGUUAUAAAUUCUCCGUUAAAUCAAGAUUUUAAUUUAGUGGCCGGCUUCGUUCCAGUCGUAAUAAAUGCGAGUAACCUUGCAUCAUCGAUGGCUUGUCACUCAUCAUAUGCGUUUCAAGCAACCUUCACAAUAUUGGCCAACACUUCUGAUGUAGCCAUCUUAACCGUGACCACGCCUCUGACUUCUUCCUCUGCUGUGCUGACUGUUACAGAUUUCCAAAUUGUCAGUUUCGGUAAAAACUUGGGCAGCGUUGAAAUUCCCUUUCCAACAAGUACCACAUUCUCAUCUACUAAGCUAACCUCUCAAAACGAUAUCGCAACUAUAAAUCUCGGAAGAAUAACUAACACUGGCCACACCUAUAGAGCGGAAACAUAUAUGGCGGGAGACAAUGAUAUAACGGUUGUUGCAAACAUUCAAAUGGCUGACGCGAUUUCAGUUUUGGAUCAAUCUCCUUGGUCAGUUACGUUUUCAAGCACUUACCUUUCUUCCACAGCUACGGGGUUGGGUAAUGUUACCGCCGUAAAAUCAGACGCAGAUCCAGUUGUUUUGGUGAUAAGCGACUUUGAAAUCACAAACGGGCCGUACAACGCCGGAGAUAAGGCAACAGUUACGAUAAACAUUAGACAUGACGAUCUAUCGAAAACCGAACUUGAUAAUGUCUUUUUGCAUUUUUAUAUUCCUAAAUUCAUGGAUUAUGCGGGCAACUUCCAAAGCGAUUUUAAAAAUACACUGACACCUGUGGUUAAUUCAGCAGCUGGAAACAAAUAUUUUUCUAUCAACUUUGCUCACUUAUAUUUCACGGACAACGUGACAUCAAGUUUUGAUUUGUCGUUCCUUGCUGGCAUCAUGACAAGCACAGCAGCUUCAGAGACAGUCAGAAUAGCCUACGAACUUGAAUACGACAUCAAGAGCAAACCAACGGUCAAAACGCAGCAGGCCUACCCAAUUAAAUUCAUUAACUUCACGAUGGUUGCUUCACCAUUCAAAUUUUGUCCAACUGAAGCUUCUCUAGGUAUGGGCAGUAGCGUAAUUACAGAUUGCCAAAUAACAGGCUCUCCAGGCAGCAAUGAUUACGUUGAAAGCAGACCAGGCAAAGCAGGAUGGUCGCCUUUGUUGAGGAAAGGAAAACAUAAAAGAUACCUGCAAGUGAAUUUAGCAAACAUAGUCAAAAUUACAAAAGUACAAAUAACUCAAAAGUCCACCGAUAAAAUAAAUUCCUUUAUGUUACGUUACAGUAACGAUGGAUUGAUCUGGAAGAACGGUGAUUUGUUGACUGCUCCAAACGACAACAGUGUUAAUGAUGUGACUGUUACAAAUCCAGUCGAUUCGUCAUUUGUUAGAUUCCAAAUAGAAAGCACCUACACUGCUGACACAAUUCCGACAUUUACCAUAGAAUUUUACGGAUGCAUCACGACGUCUUUGGUCUUGACAGCAACAGAAAUUUGCGAUGUCAGGAAAGGAUGGCAACCUACUCCUGCAAUACCAAGUAAAUAUUAUUAA